AUGCAAACUGAGACAAAGGAAGUAAAACUAGCUGGAAGUUGUGAGAUGGAAGACUUAAUAAGUAAGUUUAUUUAAGUUAUUCUUUAAGUCUAUCCAUAUGAAGUAGUAAAUCAGCAUUUCUGCAAUUUUGUAGAGAAUACUAAAGAGUUUAUAGAAACAAGAGAAUAAUUAAGUAAAAUAGGUGCAAAUCUUCGAUUAAAACUUGACAAUUGGCCUACAAUUGAAGAAGCAAAAAUGUUAUUCUAAAUAAACAUGUAUUUAGAUAUUUAGACUACAUUAUUAUAGUUAAAAUGCAAGAAGAAGAAGUGUAAAAUGGAAUGACACUGAUAAGCGUUUAUUCUAUUGGAUAGUUAUUAGAUAUUGUUUAGUGAAGGAUUUAAGUUCGCUUGUAAAAUUAAUUAUUUUUAUAUCUAUAAAGACACCAUAUGAAUGGAGAGAUAUAGCUAAAAUGAUACUUGGACGUAAUGCUCAUUAAUGUAGACUUAAAUGGGAACAAAAGUAUAAGAUUUCCCUUUCAGAAGCUCCAUGGACUGAAGAAGAAGAUUAACUUUUAUAAUAAGUUCAUGAGUAUGCAAUUCUUUAUAUUAUAAUUUUUUUAGAGAAUUUAGUAGAUUAGGAAAAGAGAAUAAAUGGUCUUAAAUAGCUAGAGAGAUUUAUAAGAGAUCUCCUAAUAAGAUAUUUAGAUAACCAAAAUAAUGUAGAGAAAGAUGGAUUAAUAGAUUGGAUCCAAAUAUUUGCAAGUAAUAUAUAAAACUAUUAAAAUUAGUGAACCUUGGUCAAAAUAAUAAGAGAUUGAUUUAUUAAAGACUAUUUUAAUAAGAGGGAAGAAAUGGUCAGAAUUAUCAGCUUUAUAUGGUAGAGUAAGAACAGAAAAUUCAUUAAAGAAUAAAUAUAAUUCUCUAUUAAAAAAAGAAAAAUUAAAAUAUGAAUUUGAAACUAUAAACCCAUAAUUAUUUGCUAAAGUUUAAUAAUUAAGAAUGGAUUAUGCAAAGAAAUAUGGUAAGAUUACACCAAUUGAAGAAAUUGAUAAUUAUGAAUGGCAAUUUAUUGUUUUAGCUAUACAAAGUUUAUAUAUUGAUUUAUGUGUUUAAGAGGGUAAAUAUCAAGAAGCAUAGAAGAUUAAAAAUGAUGACUUUUUUGAUUUGUUUCAUAACGAAAUCACUUCUAAUAGUAAAAAUGGCAUUUUAUAUAAAAAGCAGUUGAACAUUAAAAGAGUAGAUAAUUAAUUCCAUGUUGAAAAUGAUAGAUCUGGAGUUGUAAUUUUUAAUAAAAAAACUAAAAACUUAUUUAUUUCUCCAUUUAAUACAUUGGAUUUUUAAGGACUCAUACUAAAACAUCUCUAUAAAUCAGUUAAAAGUGAAGAAAACAAUAGUAAAUGUCCUACAUUAACAUAAUCAGAUCAUAAUAUGUUAUUUUUGCAAAAAUCCAUUGAUGAUAUUAAUAGAUAAAGCAAUAUUUAACCAAUACUUUUAUUGGCUAAUUAACCUUCAUUUAUGAUGCCUUUAGGUUAAAGUAUGAUCAAUAGUUAUUGGUUACCUCCAGUUUUACCUUGUAUGUCUUAAUCUAUAGGUGGAUAUUAAUAAUAAUAAUAAAACAUAUAAGAACAUGUAGCCUUAAAUAUUAAAGAAACGAAAAAGUAAGCCAGCUUCGAUGAUUUAUUCGGAAAUGAUAUUAAAGUCGUUGAUUCAGAUGGUGAAAAAUGA